GUCGUCUGACUGAUCUGAGAAAUGUAAAACUCUUGCUCUCCUUUCUUCUACUCACUCCGUCCCUUAUACCACAAAAAUCAACAUGAAUCGAGAUAAUCAUGCAAAGGACGACUCCGUGAAGCACUCUCAACCAAUUCCGAUGGCUACUCACCACUGGAGGCACCGCUCCAUGUCCGUUUCCUCGGAAUCAUCAACUUUACCUGGUUCACCUCCCCAGCUACAGACUCCAUUGAGUCUAAAUUCUCCCCAUGUUCCGGUUGCCUCCCCAUCCAGUUCUCCCAUCCUUUCGUUUCUGUCUCAGUCUCCAACCUCAAAAUCCCCAUCUUCGGUUCCUUACCGCAGCUUUGGUGGUCAACCUUCGUUUGAUGAAGACGCCCUCGACGAACUUCCAGCUUCUGUUCAUCCCCGUUGGGCUGGUACAUCUGGGCGGUUUGCGCCCGCUCCACCUGCCCCUGAAGCCCAGACCGACCGUGGAGCUGGGUUGUUAAGGCGUCUAUCACUCGGAAGCGCACUUGCAAAGCCUCCGAACUUGGAUAAUACGAGCAAUCGAAGUCCCACUAUGCCUGCUACUCCACCUAACUCCGCAGUCUCCCCUGCAACAACAACUUUACCCUCAUUUCCUGUUCGCAAGGCAAGGCGCUCGGCAACGGUGAGCAUUGACCCUGGACGCCGGCAUCGCGCCCCUUCUCCCAUGGGCGAGAGGAUCCUCAAGGGUCAUUUCGACGGCUUCAAUUAGCAGGCAUCAUGCCCACCGUCUCUUCAUCUUUUCACAUACCCCUUGGGCUCUCGUGCGAACGCUUUUCUCAAACUGUACCACCAAUAAUGGCCUUGAUCGGAGUUUCAACAAGUCCUCGGUUAUGUCAACAACUAGCUGCCGCUUCACCAACCCUAAUGC